AUGUCGGCCGAGGUGUCGGCCGCCCUUAUUGUUGCUCUUCUUUUAGAAGAGCUUCGUAUCGGUCCACCCGAAGUAAGAGAUCAUAAAUUCUCGGAACUCAAUUCCUUCGAAUUUCUUUCGGAGGUCAAGCAACAAUCCUCCUUGGGCCAAUUUUGCAAACUCGUGCUCUGGCAUAUUGACCGUACACCUAGCCCUUGCCUCUCUAAAUUUCCCCAAGAAUUCUUGGACCGACUCACUUGGCUUAUGGCUUAUCUUUGCCAAAUCGGUCUGUUUGUGCCUAAUAAAUCACGGUCGUCAGAAGGAACCUCUUCUCGGCCGUGGCACCUAUUCAUGGACUGA